AUGCUAGGUAUCGGGGUCAAGACUUCCAAUCUUUUUAAUGGAACCUUGAAUAUCACUUUGAACGACUCAUUGAUUUACCUUCGUUGUUUUGUGCAUAUUGCACAAUAUUCAAAAAAAUCGAGGAUGUAUGGGAAUUCUAUGCCUGGUAAAGACGAUGAGUACGAUUAUCUAUUCAAAGUUGUACUAAUUGGAGACUCCGGUGUUGGUAAAAGUAACCUACUCUCUCGUUUCACACGAGAUGAAUUCAACCUGGAGAGCAAAAGUACAAUCGGAGUUGAGUUUGCGACAAGGAGUGUCCAGAUUGAUGGGAAGAUAAUAAAGGCUCAGAUUUGGGAUACUGCCGGUCAGGAACGAUAUCGAGCGAUUACUUCUGCUUAUUAUCGUGGUGCUGUUGGUGCACUGUUGGUGUACGACGUUUCCAAAGUAGUAACUUAUCGUAAUUUGGAUCGAUGGUUAGGUGAAUUACGAGAUCAUGCAGAUCAGCAUAUUGUUAUCAUGUUAGUUGGAAAUAAAUGUGAUCUUCGACAUCUUCGUGGAGUUAUGACUGAUGAGGCGAAAAGUUUUGCUGAACGAAAUGGACUUUGUUUCAUUGAAACUUCAGCUUUAGAUUCUACUAAUGUAGAAGAAGCCUUCUGUCAAAUUCUCCAAGCUAUUUAUAAUAUUGUCAGUUCACAUCCUCCAGUGAGUAAUGUCGAUAUGAAAAUGUCUCCAUAUCAUAAUCAACCGAUUGUAUCACCGAAUGCAGACAAUCCAAGCAGUGGUCGACGAUGUUGUAGUUGAACACAACAUGUACAACAACAAUGGAUUAACUACUAUUGAUUGAUUGAUUGAUUGAUCGACUACGUAACCUUUACACAUCCUUUUCUCUCUCUCUCUCAUUUUAUCUCAACAAGUAGUGGUAAUGUGUCGAUACAAGAACUACUACUACUACUACGACUACUUUUAAUAAUUUGACCAGAAUUUCAAUUCCGAAGCCACACUGUCUACCCUUCAUGCCAGCGUUCUUUCUUGUCAAGCACCGCUUGUUAUCCCGUUUUUUAUGUAAUAUGUUUUUUGUAUUUGCCAGUCAGUGAGUGAGUGGGUGAGUGAGUAUGGAUCAUUUCACAUAUUUUACUUUUUACUCUGAAACUGUGUUAUUAACCUUGGUCUCCCUCUGUGUACUACUUCUCACAUCAGCGUGUAAGUAUGAAUGCAUGAAUGAAUGAAUGAGUAGUUGUCAUUUGUCGUCACCUCUGUCUCUCUCUGCCUCUCCCUCGGCGUCGCUCUGUUUCUACUGCCUUACACUGCCUCACUCACACACACACUUGCCUUCUCUGUCGUAUUUUGUAUUAUGAAGUCAACUAGUAAUAAUAAUAAUAAUAAUA